GCCGUCCCCGCAGCCAUGGCAGGGGUCGUGGUGAGCGGAGCCCAAGUGUCCUACAUUAGUCAAGACUGUGAAGAAAUUCCAGAAUUCCUAGGAAGAAAAUAUGGACAUAUGGCAAAAAGGCUAGAUCUUAGCUUCAACUUGUUAAGGUCACUAGAAGGACUGAAAACAUUCAGUUACUUGGAAGAGCUGAUCUUGGACAACAAUCUACUCGGAAAUGACCUUCUGUUACCCAGGUUACCCCACCUCCAUACCUUAACGCUCAACAAGAACCAAAUAUCAGAAUUAGAAAGCCUUUUGGACCAUUUGGCUGAAGUUGUGCCCUCACUACAGUAUCUCAGUUUGCUUGGAAACAUGGCCUGCCCAAAUGAACUGGUUUGCAAAGAAAAGGAUGAAGAUGACUACCAGAGGUACAGAUAUUUUGUCCUGCACAAACUGACAAACCUGAAAUUUCUCGAUACUCGGAAAGUAACCAAGAGGGAGAGAGAGGAAGCCUUGGUAAGAGGUGCCUUCAUGAAAGUGGUUAAGCCCAAGGAUGCUAAGGCAUUUUGGGAAAAUGCCGCUACAUUUACUAUGGAAAACAUUCUGAGGGCAACAGAUUCAUCCGAGAUGACCAGCUAUAAAACACAGCAUUGUUUUGAGCCUCUUCAACCCCUCCACAUAAGAAGCACAAAUUGCAUCUAAAUUUUAAGCAUGUAACUAAAGUCCUCUAGUGCCUUCUGCUGACUUUGCCAAGCCUGUCAAGAUCAUCCUUCUAUCUUAGUCUGAGUAGUCACAUAGAGAUUGACAUGAUUGCCUUUAAGCAGGUCCCAUCCACCAGUGUGACAGACAGCUGCAGCCGAGCACCCAGCCUGACAGGAGGAGCACCGUGAUGGAUUGCCUGGUCCAAUUGCUGCUCGCAGAAGAGCAGGGGUCACACCUGGGGCUUCAGUGAGCAUGCUCCAUCGGUCGGCGCCUUAGCAAAAGCAGCGUGUUUAUCUCCAGCUUGCCUGUUGAGCCAAAGUGGCUGGCGAUAUCAAAGUGUUUAUAAAAGAGAGAGGCUAUAAUUUCAGAUGAAAAAGCCCUUAUCUGUUCUUAUUUUUUCCCCUGUGAAUUAAGUGCUUGUGUUUCUAUCAUCUCAUACAUGCUUACACAAAUCCUUUCACAGUGAUUUUUUUGGUUUUGUGUUGCGUUCCUCCCCGCCCCAAAUGAGCCUAGAAGGAUUAUUUUUUCUUUCAACAGGGAAAAAAAUACAUCCCGAAAAUAUUUUGGACAUGCAAAGUACUAUCAAUUUGUAUAGUUUUUUGUAUGCAAAGGAAAAGGAUUUAAGCAAUUUUGCAGACAAAAUUUGCUAAUUCUUAAAUUACAUCUCAACAUCUACUAACUCUGACCUUCAGAAAAGCAAUCAUUUUUUAAUGCUGUAGAAUAGUGGCACAGCUUAACUGUAUAUACUUGGAAGAAGCUCUCAGUUGCGAUGUUGACAAUGUGUAUUAUUCCUGGUUUAUUGCACAAGAUAUUUUUAACUUGUACAGAGAUUACAUUUAGAAUUAAAUGCUUAAAUUUGGAAAGAAAAAAGUGCUUAAAAGGAGUGAUAUAAAAUAAAAAUGCCACCAGAUGGGUAUGAUUAUUCAGAGAGGAAAAAAAGUCAAUAAAAGUAACUGGUGAAAUUAACAUAAUUAACAGCUUUAUUAAUGUAUUAUAGAGACGAGUUCUGAUUAAUCCCUUUUGAUGUCUAUGUAAGAAAGGCUAUUGUCAAAUUUUCAGUGGAAAAAAUAAAAAUGCAUGGCAUAUUUCCUGCUUUUCUGAUAAACAGGUUGGACAUAUUUAGAAUCAUGAACUUGUUACUGUGAAAAAAAAAUCCCAAUGCUUCAUGCAUAUAUUGUGUUAAGUGCUGCUAGAUACAGUGGGAUUGACCAAGGAAUAUGCAAAAAUUCUGACCUCUGGGCUGUUCCAAACCCGUGCAUGUUGGUCCCAGUUGAGAGCCAUCACUCUCUGGCUGUUCUUGGCUUGUUUGAAAUUACUUGGUGGUCUUUAUUCACUUUCCUGGUUGAAAAAGUGUCAGUUUUUAGAAGUUGCCUACUUUUGGGGGCUAUUAUCAGCUAGUGUUGCAGGUGGAAGUGAACUGGAUAUUGAAGUCAAUCGUGAAAUCAGGUUUGACCAAUGAAAAAGAAUGAGACACUGGCAGAGUGACAAAGGAAAGCUUGCUGCUGCUGAACAUUUUAGGCCUUACUCAGUAAAUGGAAGCUUCACUCUGAAAGUCUAUAAUAAAUCUUUAACAGAUACUUAAAAUUGGUGAUGAACAUAGAACGACUGAGUUCACACCACCUGUGGUUCAAAUUGAGCUCUGAGCUGUUUGCCAUACAAAUUGGUGUCUGGAAAGCACGUUUUGGCCACUUGUAACGUUUCUGCUAAUGUCAUACAUGGCUACAAAUGAAAUGCCAAUUCACAUUAGAAGUCCUAGGAGAUAUUAGAUAAAGGAAAACUACAUGCCUCUUUUUUUUAAUCAAAAAUAUCAUUAGAAAUAUUCAGGGCAGUUGUCGUCUCUCUUGGUUACCAAAAUAACAGCAAUCCUAGUUUGUUGCUAUCAUAUUGUCUGUUUUGAAGCCUCUACACGUUUUGGCCAUGGCAUAUUACAGGCAGCAGGGUUCUGAAUAGGGGUGUUUAGAAUAACCUAAUGUCACUUUCAGUCUGGUUGCAUAUAUGUUCUUGUCUUUCUAAAAGGCUUUAACCCUGCCUCAAACAAUAAACAGCACUUGCAAACUGA